GUCGGUAGAUGGGUUGACGAGGGACACCCGGCUCCUGUCGGGCGGCGCGGGGGCGGGCAUGAUCACCCUGCGGGCCGAGCCACUCGGACGGGAGAGGCCCAGCGCCGUAGCCCCUGCGGCUGCGCGAUGGUACAGCCCGGCAGGGUAAAGCAGUCGGGCGACUCUGGCGGCCAAGGAGGCGCUAUGGGGCUGCGCGCGGGAGGAGCGCUCCGGCGGGUGGGCACCGUGCCGGGGGCACCGGAGGGACAGGAACCCGGCGGCGCUCAGGGAGGCAGCAUCCACUCGGGCUGCAUCACCACGGUGCACAACGUGCCAAUCAGCGUGCUCAUCCGGCCUCUGCCAUCCGUGCUGGACCCGGCCAAGGUGCAGAGCCUCGUGGACACGAUCCUGGAGGACCCUGACAGAGUGCCCCCCAUCGAUGUCCUCUGGAUCAAAGGGGCCCAGGGUGGUGACUACUACUACUCCUUCGGGGGCUGCCACCGCUAUGCCGCCUACCAGCAGCUCCAGAGAGAGACCAUUCCUGCCAAGCUCGUGCAGUCCACCCUUUCAGACCUGAGGGUGUACCUGGGCGCAUCCACUCCAGACUUGCAGUAGAAACCUCCGGGUCACCCCACCCCCUGCACACCAGUGUCAUCUUCCAGAGCCCAGAAGACACACAUGGCCCCCAGUGAAACUGUAGCAGGGAUAUGUUCUCUUUAUAUCUAAGGAGAGAGGUCUGCCUCUUGGUGCCUCUAUACUAGCCCCCGGGUCCAGGAAUGAGGGGGCCCAGCUCCCCUGUCUGUAAAAAGAUCUCACGGCCAUGACCCUGAAGGUGUACCAAGAGGAGGAAGUGAGAAAGGAGAUGGGCAUGGAGACAAGGACUCCGUCCAUUUUUAUCUUUAUGAUAGCCUAUCACUACAUGAACUAGGUACUAGGAAGUAGAGGAAACUCCAGGACACCAUGGCUUAAAUGAGAGAGGCUUGUUUCCCCCAAAGCCUGAGUCCUGGAACACAUGACUCACACAGUAUUGUGUCAACUGCUCGGUGAAGGCGGGGCCUCCUCUAGUAACCCUUUGGCCUUGCCCUCAUUGCUGCUUACUUCACAAGAUGGCUACAAGAUGGUCACAAGAUCUCUAGGAAUCAUGUCUGUAUCUAUCAGUUAGCUAUUGCUAUAUAACAAGCCAUUCUCAAACUUAACAGCUAAAAAAAGUAUUCAUUUACCCAUGAUUCUGUGGUGAGCCCUGGGGGCUAGGUGCCUUUGGGCAGCUCUGCUGGUAUGGCCUGGCCCUGCUCAUGAUCCUACUGUCAGCUGUCACCUCAGUUGGGGCUGGUUGGGCUGGGAUCACAUUAUUUAUUCUUGUGGCAUAUGUUGGCUGGAUUGACUUGGUCAUCCUUGUUGCCUCUCUAACGGGUCAGCUCAGGCUUAUUCUCAAGGUGGCUUCAGAGUUCCAAGAAUGAGAAUAAUAGUGACUCACUGCUAAGAGUACUGACAUGGCAACUCACGACCGUAAUCCCAGUUCCAGUUGACCUGACAUCUGCUGGCCUCUGCGGGCACCAGACACAUGGUACACAGACAUACGCACAUGCAAGCAAUGCGCCCACAUACAUAGGUUUUGUUUUGUUUUAAGGUGACCAGAUUUCUUCAGCCCUUGUGCCAGGACAAUGUCACUACUGCUGAGUUCAUUCCUCAGAUGCAAGGGGUGUGGAUGGACACCAGCUCUCAAUGGGAGGAACUGUAAAAAACAGCAUAGAUGAAUCUUGGUGGGCCGUGACAGUAUUUUCUUGCUCCCACACAUACGCACUCCUCACACAAAGGGCCAUACCAAGUCUUAGACUUAUCUUGGGACCUAGAAGUAGUCAUGGCAUGGUGUCUCCAAGAGCUGGGUACCCCACCCUCAAAGAUGACUCACUAGCAGCAUGGGGUGGGCAAUGGGACCUUCCAGAGGGGCUUCUGCAAACUGAGGGUCCUGGAGGCCAAGGAGAGGCAGCAGAAACAGAAGAGUGAGAAGGAAGCAGCAGAGUGAGGUGGCCCUUGCUGCUGCCCUGCCCAGAAAGCUUAGUUACUUGUCGUUUUCUGUUUUCCCAGCUCAAUAGUGAGGUCAACAGCUUUCUCACCUGCUGAGUGUCCCAGCAAAUGAAAUUGAAAGGGAUAAAAUGCAACAUGGAACUUGAACUGAAUCUUGGGACCAAAAAGUGAUGGGGGAACAUAGCAGGUCAACCAGGAACUUAUUCGGUCUGGGUUUUAGUUAUCCUCCAUUUUGGGCAAUCAAACUGCUAGGGUGGGCUGAGUGAAGACUAUAUGGGAACUCUUUAAUCUCUGCAACUUUUCUGUAAAUCUAAAGUCAUUCCAAAAUAAAAGUUUAUUUAAUUAAAAAAAACCCGCAAUUUAA